AAAGAAGGAAGAAUCUGAAACUGAAAACCCAUGAGCUGACUACAAAGCUUGAUUUGUUGUCAAAAAAGAUACCCCGAUUGUGGUCGCCAGCUCUGUUUAAGAUUCUGAUCCUCAGUACCUAGCUCUGAAUUCUGAAGUUCAGGAUCGAAUGAAUUGAUUUGAUCUGUGUUUAUGUUUGGGGUCCCUGAUAAGAAGAAAAAGAAAAUAAAAUGGUUUAAAAGGAAAAAAGCUCACUCACUCUCUCACCCACACGCGCUCCACUACAAGGAAGUGGUAGAAAAAGAGAAAUAAAAAGCUGAAAGACUAUUUAUUUUUUGUUUUUAAGUUGUACGUUCAAGGGCUGCGAAUCUGCGAGUCCUGAGAGUCCUUUGAGUCUUGAGAGAGAGAGGUGUUGACACGGAGCUUCCCCUUCAACCCGACAUGCCUGAUUUUGAAAUUGCGUAUCUUUGUUCUCCUCUUCAAAUUUUCUAUUCUGCUGCUUCUGCUUAAGCUUACUAGUUUAGUCCAAGAGGCGAAGACCUGAAGGAAAACCCACUACGAUAGAGGAGAGAUCUGAAUAUCAAACUACACCAGUGGGUUGCCUUUAUGAAUCCAAGGUUUCUGAUGAGAAGAAGAUGGGCGGAGUUACCUCGUCGAUUGCUGCGAAAUUCGCUUUCUUUCCUCCUAAUCCUCCCUCUUACCGAGUGAUCAGUGACGAAUCAUUUGGCGGCAGAUUGUAUAUUCCUGAGGCUCCGAGGCUUGACGACGUCGAUGUGUUGAAGCUCCGAACGAGGAGAGGCCACGACAUCGUAGCUAUUCAUGUGAAGCAUCCUAGGGCCACUGCCACACUCCUUUAUUCCCAUGGUAAUGCUGCCGAUUUGGGUCAGAUGUUGGAGCUCUUCAUCGAAUUGAGUAAUCGUCUCCGUAUUAAUCUCAUGGGGUAUGACUACUCUGGCUACGGACAAUCAACUGGCAAGCCCUCUGAAUCUAAUACAUAUGCAGACAUCGAGGCAGUGCAUAAAUGUCUCAAGGAGCAAUAUGGGGUAAAAGACGAGGAUUUAAUAUUAUAUGGUCAGUCUGUUGGAAGUGGUCCAACUCUUGAUCUAGCUUCUCGUCUACCAGACUUGAGAGCUGUGGUUCUCCAUAGCCCCAUCCUUUCUGGGUUGAGAGUAUUGUACCCUGUCAAACGAACGUACUGGUUUGACAUUUACAAGAAUAUUGACAAAAUUGGCUUAGUGACUUGCCCGGUUCUGGUAAUUCAUGGAACAACAGACGAAGUUGUGGAUUGUUCCCAUGGGAAGCAGCUUUGGGAACUGAGCAAGGAAAAGUAUGAACCCCUCUGGAUAAAGGGUGGUGGCCAUUGCAAUCUUGAACUUUAUCCGGAGUACAUUAAACACCUGAAGAAAUUUGUAGUGCAUGUUGGUAAAUCGAAGGCUGCAACAAAUGGUUCUAAAGAAAGAAUGGAAGACAACAAUCAGAGUAAACAAUCUGAAAGUGGAACUUCAGAUGCAUCUGAGAUGGGAUCUGAUCGUCCUGAGGCCUCAAGAAACAGUUUAGAUAGUAGACUUGAGAAGUCAAAGAAGACUAACAAGCCUGAAAAAUCACGGAUGAGCACUGACAAUGUAGAGAGGUAUAGGAGAAGAAAGGGCUUGGUCUGGUGAUAACGACGAAAGAGUACAUCCCUAAUAAUUUAUGAGCUGAGAGCUGUGUGAGUAAGUAUUCCUUGUUUCCUUCUGCUUCUGUUAUCAUAUAUAGAUUAUCAAGAAAUUACCGAGUAUGAUUCUGCUCUAGAUUUUGCAAAUCCAUCAAUAUUUCAACAGAAAGUGUGAGAUAUACAAGAAGCAUAACUAUGCUAUCUAUUAGAAUCACAUCUGAAUCCAUCAAUGGUGUUUCUGGCAAAUUGAUAUGUAUCAUCAGUUUAUGACUAAUGCUCCUACAUUUCAAAUAAACUAGCCUGAGAUUAGAGGUGUUUCAAAUCUGUUAACCAAACUGUGUAUAAUUAUUGGAGAAGAGUAUUCUGGGGCCUGUCAUUUAA